UGACGUUCACGGACUUCCAGUGGAUGCCCGUUCCCUCGACCGGACGAUUGUCGAAACCGCAUUGCAACGUGCUUAUGGCACAAUUGCGGGACUACUUGCACACUGCAGUACCAGCUCCGUUGAUGGACGUCGGAGCAGACGUUGUCGACCUUCACGCUUUCAUCGCGAAGAUCGACCGCGAGUUCAAGACGCAACGGUACAACGACAUAGACGCACCAUUGCUAUACAUACACAUUCAGAUCGGAAAGGCGACCUGCAGUGCCUUGAUCGAUUGCGGAGCAUCUCGCAACUACAUCAGCCAGGACUUCAUGGUACGCGCCGGCCUUGGCCCACGUGUCCGGAGGAAGUCCCAGCCUACGCAAGUCACUCUGGCAGACGGUCAUACGCACAAGUCCAUCGACCGAUGCAUUGACGCCGUCUCAGUGUACUUUGCCCCCCACGCAAGUGUACUUGGACCUUGGUCUGUGACAGCAGCCGCGGGCGAUGAGCCCGAUGGCCCUUCAUUUGUGAUCAACAUUCCAGAGCAUCUGACGGUCCAUCCGGUCUUCCAUGCCUCGAAGCUGGCAACUUACACGCCAGCCAAGAGCGACGACUUUCCGGACCGACGAUCGCAGGACCCUCCUUCUAUGGAUGGCCAUCAGGAAGUUGACCGCGUCAUCUCCGAUCGCAAGUACGGCAGCAAGCCGCGGCAGUAUAAAGUCACAUUCAACGCAUGCGAUCGCGACGACACUCGGUGGAUAUCAGGCGCAGAUUUGAAAGCAUCCGCACCGCUGAUCUACGCGCAUUAUGAAAAGCGCAGGUUAGCUCAGGAAGCUUCACGACCAGCCCCUCCCACCCGGACUGUGGUCCCUCCUUCAGACAGACAGCUUCGCCCUCGCAGGCAAGCUCGGUUCUUCAAGGAGGGGGGGGUGUGGCAUACUACGUACCUACACGGGCCCUACAGGGCCCGUCCCGGACAUUCAGCCUAAAAGCCUAAAACUUAGGGCUUA